AUGGUAACUUUUACGAGGAUUAAAGCUCUGAUGUGGGCUGACAUGUUAGCAGAGUAUGUUAUGUGGUUGAUGAUGACAUACUUAACAAAUGUUUGGAAGCUUAAUUUCACGCAUGCUGCUGCUGCCAUUAUAAACAUUUGGGCAGGUGUAGCGUUCAUAAUGCCAAUAGGCUUUGCCUACCUUGUAGACACCUUCGUGGGUGAUUAUGCAAUGCUUGUUGGUGUCCAGUAUUUCCUACAGCAUUGUACCUGCAGUGCAUACAAGCCAGAAUGCAUCGGUCUCGCACAAAAAAUCCUCUAUUACACUGCUUUAGCUUUGAUAGCCGUGGGGAUAUCUGGUCACGCUGUCUCUUUGAAUUCAUUCUACACUGAUCACAUUACAGACUAUAGAGUGUCACUUGGCAUCUCUGCUGUGCUCAUCAUCCCUAUAAUUGGAGAUGUUGUACUUCCAAUUAUAAAUCCAUGGUCAAUCCUGUUUGGACUUCCGGCUAUAUGCACGGUGGUGGCAACACUUUUAUUCUCGACUGGCUCGUGUUCAUACAUGAUUAAAUUGCCACAAGGGAAUCCUCUCACAACUGUGUUCAGAGUUUUUGUGGCUUCUGCUUCCAAGAUAUGGCACCAAUGCCCACAAAAUGCUAGUGAACUCAAUGAGUAUUCUUCCAUUAAUCGAUCAGUUAUCCCUCACAGUAAUGGCCUCAGGUUCCUAUACAAGGCUGCAAUUGUAUUGCCAACCCUAAGUAGAGAAGAACAAGAGAAAAAUAGAUGGAGACUUUGUAGUGUUACAGAGGUUGAAGAAACCAAAAUUGUUAUUCGCAUGGUCCCAGUCUGCAUGAGCACCAUUUUUUUUGGGGUGGUAAUAUCUAUUGGAAAAACUUACUUUAUUGUGCAAGCAAGCCACAUGAACCGCAAGUUGGGACACAGCACCGUCCCUCUUCCACUAUUUCUAAUGUUUAAUGUCCUAAUAAACUAUGACUUUGCAAAAAAUACACUUACUGCAUUAUAUUUCAAAAUACAGAACUAUUUUUUAGGUUCGGGAUCAAAACGAUAUGGUCCCCCAACUGGAAUUGGCGUAGCAAUGGUAUUUUCAGUACUAUGUUGUAUCACUGCUGCAAAAGUGGAAACUCAAAGGCACAAUGCAAUUAGGAGCCAUGGUUUACUUGACAAGCCAGACGAGAAAAUCCCAAUGAGCAUAUUUUGGUUGCUUCCACAAUUUCUCCUUCUUGGCAUGGUUGAUGGAAUAUCUGAAAGAAGCAUUGAUAAAUUCAUUGUGACUCCAUGGGACGCUGUCUAA